AUGAGAGAAGAAAACCAGUCUUCUACCAAGGAUUUUAUCCUCCUGGGAGUUACUGGUCAGAAGGAACAGGAAGAUUUCAUCUUCACCCUCUUCUUGUUCAUUUACCCUAUCACACUGAUUGGAAAUAUGCUCAUCAUUCUGGUCAUUUGUUAUGACACUCACCUUCACAAUCCCAUGUAUUUUUUCCUUGCCAAUCUCUCCCUUGUUGAUAUCUUUUUCUCAUCUGUAGCAACUCCCAAGACAUUGGUUAACCAUCUCCUAGGUAGCAAAACCAUCUCCUUUGGGGGAUGCCUCACACAAAUGUAUUUCAUGAUCGCCUUGGGUAACAUAGAUAGCUACAUCUUGGCUGCAAUGGCCUAUGAUCGAGCUGUGGCUAUCAGCCGCCCACUUCAUUAUACAACAAUUAUGAGCCCACGGUCCUGUGUCCUUCUGGUUGUUGGGUCUUGGGUGGUUGGAAAUGCCAAUGCCCUUCCCCACACUCUACUCACAGCUAGUCUGUCCUUCUGUGGCAACAAAGAAGUGGCCAACUUCUACUGUGACAUUACCCCCUUGCUCCAGCUGUCCUGUUCUGACAUCCACUUUAAUGUGAAGAUGAUGUACCUAGGAGUUGGUGUUUUCUCUGUGCCAUUACUAUGCAUCAUUAUCUCCUAUGUUUGUGUCUUUUUCACAGUCUUACGGGUUCCAUCUACUCAGGGCAUACUCAAAGCCUUCUCCACCUGUGGUUCUCACCUUACAGUUGUUUCUUUGUAUUAUGGGACAGUUAUGGGCAUGUAUUUCCGACCUCUGACCAGUUACAGCCUAAAGGAUGCAGUGAUAACUGUAAUGUACAUGGCUGUGACCCCAAUGUUAAAUCCUUUUAUCUAUAGUCUGAGAAACCGGGACAUGAAGUCUGCUCUGGUAAAGCUCUUCCACCACAGAACUUCUUCAUAG